AUGGAGAAAACCGAUUACCUGUUUGUGCAUUUGACCUCGUCUCCUAGGGAUCGAGUAUCACAGCAACUCCAAUACGCUGCAUGCAAGGCCCACAUUUCUAGGAGAGUUCACCGGAAACGGCGACAAAAGCAGAAGAAGCAGGAUGACGAUACGGGCAGCAGUCAAGCUCCGGACUUGGCUCGUAGUCUCUCCCUACUGCCUCUCGAAAUCAGGGGCAACUCGGACCCUUUCAACUCCCAUAUGAUCACAGUGUCGCCCAUUGUGAACCAAGCAGUCUCAUUUGUCCGGUUCCAUCUCAAUCGGUGCUGGUCACCGAGUUACAUGGCAUAUUUUCAGGACAACAGCCCUGGAAACUGUCCCAUAUUAGGGACUAGCAGCACAAUUGGCACGAUGGCAGCAGAAUGGAUCUGGUCUUUUUUUAUUGCAGACGUGGGAACGUUCUGGUCUGCUGUGGCCAGCAUACUGCCACUAAUGAUUCGCUUUCUUCCGUCAGAGAGGGCACAAGAACUCCAUCGAGUUUCUCUAGAGCUCAAGGCAAGGAUCCUGGCAGGCCUGAGAGAGACCCUGCAGGAUAAGCCACUGAAUUCCCAGCCUAGCAUGACUCUGAUCUAUCAAGUCAAAGCGCUCUUUCGUGAAGCUACGACAAGCGGAGACACCCAUAGUGCCAGCGUCCAUGCAAGGCUUCUGUUCUGGCUUACCAACCAAUUACCUAUCACAGAAUGCCAAGGGGGUGAAGAUGUCCUGGGUAUAGCUUUGUGGGGGGACAGUCUCUCAGCCUUGUUUCAACUCCGACGACCGAUUUUCAAUUACCUCAAUUGGAUGCCUCAGAUCGUUGCUACUACAUGGAAUUCGGCAGAACCCUUGCUUCCCAAUCUUCGGGGAGGUCAUGUACCUGUACCUGAAUGUGUGGUGAGUCCUCAGCUUCGAGAGGCUUUCAGUCACAUCAGGCGGGUCCUCAACAUCGGUAAGAUUCCAAUGCCCCCUGACAAUGACGAGCAUCUCAGGCGUGCCCGGUUGAUCUUCCACUGGGUUACCACCAAGUCCGAAUAUCACAUAAGCAGGUUGUUGGAUUUGUAUUUCGAUCUCCUAGAGAUCGAGAAUCUCAACGAGCUGUCUGAAGGCGGGAGGCAUACCGAGGCUGCUCUCGCGCUGGCUCUGUUAUAUGUUUUCCAAAAGAGCUUCAGCGACACCUCGCAAUCUGGCUGUAUUGAUGUUCACGACAGCGCGACCAUCAUUCUCCCGGCCCUUCUUACCAGAAUACAAUCUGCGUUUUCGAGCUGCUCCCGAACAGAACGGAUCAUGUACAAAGAUGCACAUUUCUGGAUACUCUUUAUAGGCUCGUUUUGCGAAGAGCACUUACGGUACCAGUACUCACAGGGAAACGAUAGGAACGGGGAGUGGUUCCAUCAGCAGCUUGCCGAGCAAGCCCUCGGAAACAGACUCAUCAGGUGGGGUGAUGCCAGAGUUGUGCUUGGGAGAUUUGUUGUAAAUGAUUUUCUCAUGCCCCCCGCCCAGGAGUGGUAUGAACAGAAUUGUCGAUGCUAG